UUUGUUUGGAUAGUUUUGUUUCGAAAAACCCCCGAGUCUUCUUUGACCUUUGAAGUGGUUUCUGUCUGUGUCCCUUCUCACUCUCUUCAAUCCGAGCUCAACUUCGCCGCGUUAAAACAAUGGCGGCUCUAGAGAGGAUCCCACCUCUCGUUGUAGCUUCUUUUCUCCCUCACUCUCUGUGUGCGUUAGUAAAUCAGCAAAUGAUGUUGCUGAUUAUUCAUAUUAUCCCACUAGAGAUAUUAUUAUAGUUUAGCUUUGUGGUGUUCUUUCAAUGAUUCCUCAGAUAGUUUUGCUUGUAGUAUCUAUCUACUUUAAAUAAAUGAAUAUGCUUUUAGUUUUAACGAUCUUAAAUGCUUUUCAGUGAUUGUUUUUCUUUGUAAAGUUGGUUGAUUUCUUUUUCAGGUCAUAAAGUAUGAAAGUGUGAUUCAUGAGUUUGAUCCUUACUUCAACUAUAGAGUCACUCAGUUCUUAUCGAAGAAUGGAAUAUACGAGUUCUGGAACUGGUUUGAUGAUCGAACCUGGUAUCCUCUUGGCCGGGUGAUUGGAGGAACUGUUUACCCUGGGUUAACAUUGACUGCUGGAACCAUCUGGUGGGUCUUGAAUUCAUUAAACAUUCCUCUGUCUGUAGAGACUGUUUGUGUCUUCACUGCACCUGUGUUUUCAGCUUUUGCGUCAUGGGCAACUUACCUUUUGACCAAGUAAGUUAAGGGAUCCGGUGCAGGACUAACAGCUGCUGCUCUUUUGGCCAUGGUUCCCUCUUAUAUAUCCCGGUCUGUAGCUGGGAGCUAUGACAACGAAGCUGUUGCCAUUUUUGCUUUGAUUUUCACUUUUUAUCUUUACAUUAAGACGCUAAAUACAGGUUCCUUGUUUUAUGCCACCCUGAAUGCCAUUGCGUACUUUUAUAUGGUAUGUUCUUGGGGAGGUUACACCUUCAUUAUCAAUCUGAUACCAAUGCAUGUGCUUCUGUGCAUUGUAACGGGCCGAUACUCUCCUCGACUGUACAUUGCCUAUGCUCCUCUGGUUGUGUUGGGCACGCUGUUAGCUGCGUUGGUACCUGUCGUUGGCUUCAAUGCGGUUUUGACGUCUGAACAUUUUGCCUCAUUUUUGGUUUUCAUCAUCAUCCACGUAGUAGCACUCGUGUACUAUAUCAAAGGCAUUCUUUCUCCUAAAAUGUUCAAAGUUGCUGUGACACUUGUUGUGUCUAUUGGCCUGGUCGUCUGUCUCAUAGUUGUGGCAGUUCUUGUGGCUCUGGUGGCUUCAAGUCCAACAGGAGGAUGGAGUGGUAGAAGUUUGAGUCUACUUGAUCCAACUUAUGCAAGCAAGUAUAUUCAAAUUAUUGCAAGUGUCAGUGAGCAUCAACCUCCAACUUGGCCGUCUUAUUUCAUGGAUAUCAAUGUUUUGGCUUUCUUGUUGCGUGCUUUUCGCCUCUAUCUGAUGCGAGCUCUUUCGUGGUACUCUAUAUCGUAAUGUCAGUAUACUUCUCCGGAGUUAUGGUUCGUCUUAUGCUCGUGCUUGCUCCAGCAGCAUGCAUCAUGUCUGGAAUUGCUCUCUCUCAAGCUUUUGAUGUUUUCACGGCUUCCAUCAAAUACCAGUUAGGUGAAAUGUCCAAUUCCAAAGAUGAUAGGAGAAAAUUUCUACAAACAAUGAAACAAAAGAUGAUGCUUCUUCUGCUAAGGGUGAAAAAGUUGCCAAAGAACGGCCGUCAAAGAAGGGUAAAAAGAAAGAGAGAGAACCUGCUGAUAAACCUUCUGUUAAGUCCAAGAUUGCUAAGAAGAAGGCUCUUGUUUUGCCUCUUGAAGCCUCUAUAGUUGCGCUUCUUCU